GCAGAAGAGGGGGAAAUGUUUGCAAACACGGAGCUCAAAUGAAAGAUGAAACAAGGGGCAGGAAGAAUACAGCUGCUCAAUUCAACCCAGAAAAGAACAUACAAGGGUAAGAGCUCCCUUUUGGGCAUUCCUUACUUUUUACCAACAUUUCCAUUUUGGAAUGCAGAGAUGUGCUCCUACUUGAGCUUCCUUUGUGAUGAAUCUGUACAAGAGAUUCCUAACCAUGAGAGGAUAAUCCACUAAUGGAAACUUCAGGCUCCCGGGAUCAUAGGAUCAGCAAAAAAGAACACCAGAUGACACCACCAGAGAUUUCAAAUUUUGCUCCUGAAAAGGUUAUGUUCCUCACUCAAAAUAAACGGGCAUCACUGAAGCUGAAUGGCAGCAUGUAUCUGCAGCUCCAUGUGCCAUUUUUAGGAGCUGAGCAAACCAGCAGAAGUUUAAAAAGGCGCUGCCCUAAAUAAUGUUAGAUACAAGGCAUGUCUAAAUGGACCGUUCUGAACCAAUAGGAUUUGCCACUAAACUUUCUCUCCCAAGUGACUGAACUUUGCAUCCAUUUGGACUUCCAUUUCUUUAACUUUGGUGCAAGGAGAUCUAUUUUAGUGAUUCAUUCACACUACUGUGCAUCAUGGAAGGAUUAUGCUUGGUAUGAAUAUUACUUUGACAGCUUGGUUCCAUGCCGCUAUUAACAAAGGAGGGGAAACCCAUUGCUAUAUGAUGAAUAUGCUGCCAUUGGCUACGGUUAUCUGGAAACUUACUGGGAAUCUGCUAGUAUUCUUACAACUGUGUGUUGAAGUCAGCACUUUCAAUUCAUCUACCUUCAUGAGAUGCCCUGAGGCUUGUAUUUGUACUGCUGAUCUCUUGAGCUGUGCUAGGCAGGGGCUUCAGCAGGUCCCUGUCACACUGCCACCUACAGCCACAACCUUGGAUCUCAGCCACAAUGCCAUCACUCACCUUAAUGACCAUUGGCUGACCACCUUACCACGACUCCAAACCCUCAGGAUCAACCACAAUCAAAUCAAUGACCUCUCGCAGCAGGUGUUCCACAAUGCCAGUCAACUUGUGCACCUGGACAUGUCUUCUAAUCACCUACAUGCUGUCAAGAAGCACUACUUUGAAAACCUUGUGAACUUGCAGGAACUCUUGCUAUACCAUAACAAAAUUGUAGAAGUAGAUGGAAAUGCUUUUGUCAAGCUCACCAGUUUGCAAAAAGUCUAUCUAAGCUGGAAUCAAAUAACUAAAUUUCCAUUCAGAUCCAUUCAAGGAUUCAAACACACUCACUUGAGGACCCUUGAUCUUUCUGCCAACAAUCUAAGCAGCAUCCCUGUUGGAGUGAUAGCAGCCUUGCCAGUCAACAUAAAAAAUGGUUUAUAUCUUCACAACAAUCCUGUGAAAUGUGAGUGUUCUCUCCAUCUGAUGCUUCAAGAAUGGAAACAUCGUGGCUUCAAUUCUGUGCAGGAUUUCACAGAACAGCACACCUGCCAAGCCUACAGCAAUGUGCCACGAUCCACAGUCAAUACCUUCAAAUAUAAGUAUUUUGAAAACUGCUCUAGGAGCCUAAAAGAACUUGGCAUUCUAAAGAUUCCCUGCAAAUUUGGAGAAUCGUUGGUAAUUCAUUGCAACACAAGCCUUCAUGACGACAACACUACCAUCUAUAGGUGGUUCUCUCCCAGACAUGAAUUAUUCAUGUAUCUUGAGCACAGUGAUGAGACACACAAAGUUUUUAAAAAUGGAAGUUUAAAGAUUAUAAAUGCCAAACCUUUGCAUGCUGGUGUUUAUGUGUGUGUAGCUAUCAGCGAGCGCCAAAAGAUCAACGCAACUCAUGAAGUCAACAUCACAAUUCAGUACCCCAAAGUGGUUGACUCUUUCAAUACUGGGAUCACAACCCUCUUAGGGUGUGUUGUAAGUUUGUUACUGGUCCUCAUGUACUUAUACCUCACACCAUGUCGCUGCUCUAAGUGCUUCAAGAAACCUGUAAGUCCUCCUCAAGACUGCAGUGCCCAAUCAUCCAUCCUCAGUACCACCCCACCAGCCACAGAUGGGCCGAAUCGGAAGAUCAGCACAAACAAACAUGUUGUUUUCCUAGAGCCCAUCAAGGAGGCCCAGAACGGCAAGGUCAGGCUGGCUGUCAGCGAGGACUUUCCUGAUGCUAAAAGCCCCAAGCACCUGCAGCUUAAGCUGGACUCAGAAUCCAUCCGUUCAGUCUUUUCAGAUUGCCCUAUCAUGUCCUAUGAAGCACAAGAGCUGUCACAAGCAGAUGGGUAGCAAGCAAUCCCCAAGAAGGAUGUAACUAGGGAGGAGGUGAAGAAGAAGGAUCAAAUUUGUUUCUCUUGUGGAAGGAAAAUACAAGAUGUAUUCAUGAAGCAGUUGCUCAGCAAAGUAUGGAGAAUUUCCCUUGGAUAGUGGAUUAUGGAUCAGUCUUAUUUUCCAAGAUUUCCCUUUGUGCAUAAUAUUUUUUUUUCCUUUUAGCAACUCCGGUCUGAUUCUUCCACAAUCUAUUUAUUAUACACCACGAAGUCAACAACCUUCAAUGAAAGAGACUGAAUGCUCUUUACACAUCCCCAGUGACUGCAGCCUGCUCUGUGAAAGAUACAGUAUGUUGCAGCAGAAGGAGGGAACCCCCCUCACUUUAGAAAACUGCUGUAUAGUUCAAGCUUGUGUUACGGCACUGACCUUCAGGGGAUACCUAUUUGCUAUAGAACAAGCCUAUAUUUCUGGAGAAGAAAAGACUGCCCUGACCAACUAAACAGGGAACUGUUCCUUAUUUUUAAACUGCUUUAAUCCGAUACUGCUUCCAUUGCUAAUUUGAAAAAUGUUCCUGUGGCCUCUUCUCUAAUCAACUCACAGCAUGGUUAAAAACAGAAGCAAAGCUCCAUGCAGGGAGGCCACAAGCCUCAAGAUAACCACUUCACAUUCUGGAUAUUCUUGGAUAUAUGCAAUCGGUCACGUAAGUGUGAGAAACUAUCAGCGUUAACUGUGCAUUUGAACCAACUUAACAAACUGCUUUCAUUAACUGAAAUACAAAAUGUGCUGGCUGCCAUGUACCAGGCUACACUUCUAAGCAACUGUUUUCCACGCUUCAGUCUCUAAGCAAGCAAGCUUCAAGGUUAUAACAGAAUCCUACUAGCUCAGUAAUACAGAUUUUGGAUAGUUGCAGCAGCAAAAACAAAAUACCUUGAGCUAGACCUGAAAAGGGCAAAUCACUCCCCUUGCUCUCAGCACAACAUAGGGGAUUUUUUUGGCUUAAGACAACAUGCAUUCAAACAAAGUAAAAAGGAUGGUAUUCUACACACAGUGUUGAUGCUGUUCCUUUGCUUUAAAAUAAAUAAAAUAAAACAUACUGUUAA